CGGACUAGAAACCCUGGGAUUGUAAAACCAGAGACGCUCCCGCUUUCUCAAACUCAAGAUAGCGCACGGGUCUCUCUUAUCCCCUCCCUUCUUCCCCACCUUGGAAAAAUUCCUUUGUUGCUCAUCUUUAAACUCUGCUUCUAACCAAGGAGUUGAGUUUGGACGCUAUACUACACAUACGACUCUCUGCUGGUUUCCGAUUCCCAAAUCCAUGGGCGAGAUGGGAGUGCCUGAUCAGAAGAUUGUCGAGGGACCUUCCGGCUACGUUCUUGAAGAUGUUCCCCAUCUCACGGAUUACAUUCCCGAUCUACCUACUUUCCCAAAUCCGCUCCAAGAUAAUCCGGCAUAUUCAGUGGUGAAACAAUAUUUUGUUAAUCAGGAUGAUACUGUUCCUCAAAAGAUUGUGGUUCAGAAAACCAGCCCUAGAGGUACACAUUUUCGUCGUGCUGGGCCUCGCCAGAGGGUAUAUUUUGAAUCUGAAGAUGUGCAUGCAUGCAUUGUGACUUGUGGGGGUCUUUGCCCUGGGCUUAACACUGUGAUUAGGGAAAUAGUUUGUGGUUUGUCCCACAUGUACGGUGUGAAUAAAAUACUAGGGAUAGAGGAAGUUCGAAGACGUGGCCUUCAAGUUGCUGUUGUUGGAAUUCCUAAGACAAUUGACAAUGACAUUGCGGUUAUUGACAAGUCCUUUGGCUUUGAUACUGCUGUGGAAGAGGCUCAGCGGGCCAUAAAUGCAGCACAUGUUGAAGCUGAAAGCGCUGAGAAUGGCAUUGGUAUGGUAAAGCUAAUGGGCCGCUAUAGUGGUUUCAUUGCUAUGUAUGCUACACUUGCAAGCAGAGAUGUGGACUGUUGCUUGAUUCCAGAAUCACCCUUUUACUUGGAAGGAAAUGGCGGGCUUUUAGAAUACAUAGAAAAGCGGAUUAAAGAAAAUGGCCACAUUCUUAUCGUUGUUGCUGAGGGUGCCGGGCAAGAACUUGUUGCUGAAAGUAUGAAACAAGCAGAACAUGAUGCCUCUGGUAAUAAGUUGCUUUAUGAUGUGGGACUAUGGUUAUCUCAGAAAAUAAAGGAUCACUUCACAAGAAAACAGAAUUUGGUGAUAAAUCUCAAAUAUAUAGAUCCCACAUAUAUGAUCCGUGCAAUCCCUAGCAUUGCAUCUGACAAUGUUUAUUGCACACUGCUAGCUCAUAGUGCUAUCCAUGGCGCCAUGGCUGGGUAUACUGGCUUUACUGUUGGACUUGUCAAUGGCAGACAUACAUAUAUACCAUUCUAUAGGGUGACAGAAUCACGAAACAAGGUUGUGAUAACUGACAGAAUGUGGGCAAGGCUUCUAUCUUCAACCAACCAGCCGAGCUUCCUGUGUUCCAAAGUCGUACAGGAAGCGAAGACUGCUAAUGGCACGCCUCUCUUCUAACAGGUGAGCUGAAAGCAGAAAAUUAUUUUGAACGGCAAUACUGCAUGUUGUCUCACACGUCCAAGAGCUUUUGUUAAGUUUUUUUUUCUACAAUUAAAUAAUUUGAUGUUUAGUUUAUGUGUUGGCUAAGAAAUGGUUUUUGUACUUAAGCUGCUUGUAUCUUCUAUCAGUUUUUUAUAUGUAGCAGUUCAAAAAUUAACUUGAAAUUGAUUAGUUUAGAUGACUGAAUUUGGCUCAAGUA